AAUUAAAUGAGCUAGAUUUCUUAGUCUAUUUAGUAGCAUACUUCAAGCAGUUGUAUUUCAGAACUUGGAUGUCUGAUAUAUAAUUGUUUCUUCUAUCAAACAUCAUAACAUGAUCGACUUGAACUCGUAACUUACUCUUUUUAUUAUUUCGAUGAACUGUCUCUUUUCAACACUCAGCUCAUAACGCUUUACAGUUCUUCAUGCAGCUUAAAGUCCAAGCUGAACAAAUAAUGCACAAACAUCUGUUUCUUUUCUCCUAUAAAAUCAAAUUAUUUGGCAGGAAGGAGUAUUUAUGUGAUCAUCGACCUGGCUGUUGGGCCGAAGCCAUAGUGCCAACUCCCAAUGACCCAACAAUCCUGGAAAUUACUUACGUUGGGAGGCACACUUGUUGGAAAUUUCAACCAAUGUUGACACACCAAGUAUAAGAGUUACACCGGUUAUGGGGAUUGAAGGUCCUUCCGAUGGCUUUCGGUGGAAAAAGUAUGACCAAAAGGACAUACCAGGAGCUGAUUACCCUAGUCUAUUACGUAUGCAAUCCUCUUCAUGUUGAAGGCUGCAUGGCCGUAAAGGAAGUACAACGCUCCAAUGAUCAGAAAUUCCUUAAAAUUACUUACAGAUUAAGGCACACAUGUACACUACCCUCUACCAGCAGUGGACGGAGGGCCGAUAGUAGUACCUCUGUGGCAUCGAGUGUUCAUGGCCAAGUUGUCGAAUCACCAAGCUCACCAGGAGCCAAUGUUCGUCGAGAAAAUGUAAUCAUGACGACAAUGUGAAUAUGUUACAAGAUGGAAACUCACCGGAUAUGGAACAUAUUCACAAUACCAAAGAUGAACCCAUAAUCUCCAGAAAGAGGAAAAGAAGAGAGGGAGAGGGAGAAAAGAAGAAGAAAAAGAAGACGACGACACAUGCUGUUGCUCUGAUAGCAAAACCCCUAGCCGGCAAGAAGCUCAGGAAGCGAACUCUCAAGCUUGUCCGCAAAGCUGCCGAACAAAAAUGCUUGAAGAGUGGAGUGAAGGAGGUGGUUAAAAGCAUAAGGCGAGGUCAAAAGGGGUUAUGUGUUAUAGCUGGGAAAAUUUCUCCUAUCGAUGUGAUCACUCAUGUUCCAGUCUUAUGUGAAGAGGCUGGGAUUCCAUAUGUUUAUGUGUCCUCCAAAGAUGUAGAAAUUCAUGCUGAGGUUUCAAACUCAAGUGUAUUGAUUCAUUCGAAUAAUGAUGCAAGAACAACAUAG